CGCGGGGAAGCCUUUUCCACCCGGCCUCAGGCGCGCGUCCGGACCUCCAUGUGGGGCCGCCAAAGCCGCGCGGGGCUGAGUCCGGUUGCCGUAGCAACGCGGGCUUCGGUGUGGGCCGGACGGGGCUUCGCCUCCCUCGCGGGGCCGGCGAUGCGCAGCUGGGCCGCGGCGGGGCGGCGGCUGAGCGGCUGCCGAGCGCGCGCCGCCCUCCCCGGAGCCCCCGGGCGCGGGGGCAGCUCGUGGCCCGGCGGGGGCCGAGCCGAGAAGCUGAGCGAGCUGCUGCAGAGCUCGGUGGCGGGCGAGGAGGAGGAGGAGGAGCCGGCGCGGCGGCGGCGGCGGCCCCCCCAGGAGGGCACGGUGCUGCUCUUCCCCGGCCAGGGCAGCCAGUUCGUGGGGAUGGGCCGGGGGCUCCUGCGCUACCCCAACGUCAGGGACAUGUUCCGGGUGGCCGAGAAGGUGCUGGGCUACGACCUGCUCUCGCUCUGCCUGCGGGGGCCGCCGGCCGAGCUGGACCGCACCCUGCACUGCCAGCCUGCCCUCUUCGUCGCCUCCCUGGCCGCCGUCGAGAAGCUCAACCACCAGCAGCCCAGUGUCAUUGAGAGCUGUGUUGCAGCCGCUGGGUUCAGUGUUGGAGAGUUUGCAGCCCUGGUGUUUGCUGGAGCCUUAGAUUAUACAGAAGCCUUGUAUGCAGUGAAAGUGCGUGCUGAAGCUAUGCAAAAGGCCUCAGAAGCUGUCCCAAGUGGGAUGUUAUCAGUUAUUGGUCAACGUGAGUCAAAUUACAACUUUGCCUGCUUCGAAGCUCGUGAACACUGUAAAUCACUGGGUAUAGAAAAUCCUGUGUGUGAAGUUUCAAAUUACCUGUUUCCAGAUAGCAGAGUCAUUGCAGGCCAUUUGCAGGCUUUGGAAUUCUUGCAGGAGAAUUCCCGAAAAUAUUAUUUUAAGCGAACAAAAAUGCUUCCAGUCAGUGGUGCUUUUCACACAAGACUCAUGGAACCAGCAACAGAGCCUUUGGCUGAAGUUCUAAAAUCAAUUGAGAUUCAGAAACCACUCAUCUGUGUCUAUUCGAACGUUGAUAGCAAAAAAUAUAUGCAUUCAAAACACAUUCAGCGUUUGUUAGUAAAGCAGCUUGUUUCACCUGUUAAGUGGGAACAGACUAUGCAUGCUAUAUAUGAAAGAAAACAAGGAGUAGAGUUUCCUUAUACAUAUGAAGUGGGGCCUGGGAAGCAGCUAGGAGCAAUCCUCAGAAACUGCAAUUUAAAGGCUUGGAAGCUGUAUAAACAUAUUGAUGUUUCAGAAGAUGAAGAAGCAGAAGAAAUGUAGUUCUGAAGGAAAAUCCACAUGAUUUGUUCCCCCCCCCCCCCCCCCCCCCGCUUAAUUUUAAAUGAUUUUAUCACUCCUGAAAGGCAGAUAUGACAACCCUGAAGACUGAAGUCCUCUCUUUAUCUUAUCCCCAGAAGAGCUCAGCACACACAAUUGCAAUGCAAGGUUUCCUUCCCCAUAUUACAGCUCCAGCAUGCAUCAGACUUUACGUGGAAGGAUCACUUGUAAGGUUCGGCCAUUCAACCUGUCAUUUCUGAGACAGCCAACAAAGAUGCCAGUUCACUAUUAGAUUUGGGCCCAGUCCUGCAAGCAAAUCCACAUAUGCAGGCCCUUUUACCCAUGUGGAGUUAAGUUGCAGUCAGUAGGGUUGUGUCCAUGUGCAAAGGUAUUUUUGCUUGGAUCUAGUUGCAGAAGCAGGCCCUUUUUAAUAUAAUUUUCUUUUUUGGACUUCUGUUUAUUAGGAUCAAGAAUUAAUUUAGAUAAACUAUUGGAUUAUAACAACUUUCAGUCACUACCAUGUUUUGUUUUAUAAGGUAUCUAAUCAGUGGGACAAAUAACUGAAAUGCUCUUUUUUUUCUUUAAAUUUUGUUUCUACAGGAAAAGUUUAUUUUUUCCAUGAGUCAGAUAAAUUAGAAAAUUAUUAUUAGAAAUACAAUUUUCUUAAGGUUGCAUUAAUAAUACAUUAUUUCUAAAGCUCUUCCUCCAUGAAUUAAUGCUAUCCGUGUAGUAAUUACACAAAGUCCAUCUGUGGAAGGAAGUGUUUUCCUUCCUCUGUGCUCACUGUGUUUCAAGAUCAUUGUACAGGGUUUCCUUUCCUAAGUUACCAGAGGCAGACGUGACCUUUUUCACCUUAUAGCCAGUGCCACCCCUCUCAGAAGCUUUAUCAGAAUGCUCUACCACCAGAUAGGUAUAAAUAGUAGGCUUGAGUUCCCUGUCUGUGGCACUUUUUUAGAUAAUACAGCUCAGCCAGUUAGUUAGUUAUUGGGCCAAGCUGAUCCUUUGAACCUCUUUUAAGGAAGCAGAAAAAUGGCUAUACUAAAUCUUUGCAGCUUCUCCUCACCCCUGUGCUUAGAAUAGGGGCCGCAAGGAGUGUUGGAAGGUUAGUGCUAGAAAAUACUCUAUGUACUUCAUCCUGCUACAGCCCUGAAUAGGGGAUCUUGAGUUUUUUGCCACAGCAAUAGGAGAGGAAUUCAGGUGCAGGAGGAGAGCUAGAUCCUUCUACAGCAACAGUAAAAUUAUCUUCCCUUUCUACUUGUGGGUUGGAGUGUGCUAAGUUGAUGAGCAGAUCGUAUUGGUCUUCUAUGCCAUACUAGGUGCAGUUCCUUCCCUUCAGGUUAAAUAACUGAAGCAGCCCCACUGAAGCCUCUGCGCCCAUCAGUACGACUACAAGCUUACAUUGUAUAUGGGCUAGGCUCGCUCUGAACAGUGGGUGAAAUAAUGGUGCCUUGGGCCCCCUUUCCACCUACUGAGCCAACUAGUGGAGGUGCCCAUGGAAGUUAUGUGGUGGCUGUUUGCCUCCAUAACUAAGGAGGCAGGCUCUACUUUCCUUCUAGCCCUGCAUGGCAUUCCACUAUAUGGGAUGAUUGUUGUACUUAAGGCAUAUUGGACUAUGCAGUGCCACUCACUGAUCCUAUCAAGGUUCUCUAGGGAGCAUUCCUAGCCAAUGGUUGAUGAAUUAGGCCCUUAAAUGAAACAGGUUCUUUUCUUGUUGCUCCAUGUAUUAAUGAAUCUCCAGCUUCAAACAAGCAUUCAUUUAAAAUAAAGCAUAUUGUGUCUAAGAAUUAAUCUUCCCCUGUAGAAUCCAGUCCUCAAACAACAAAUCUGUUAGCAGUUUUAAAUGUAAUCCAAAAACAGAAGAGAUUAUUAUUUUGAGUUUAGAUGCUGCAUCUCAUUCAGUCUAGCCUCAUAGCCAUAGGGAAAUACGACUCUGAAGCUUAUUAUUAAAGACAAGAUGUUUGUGUCUGUCUUCCUCAGACGGUACCAGACUGCCCAUAGGAAAAAACAUAGGUUUAAAAAAAAUUGGAGAAGAAAGAAGGAAUUCUCAUCUGGUUAAUUAUCCCUGAGGCUCUUAUGGCACAGCCUUGAGUCAGAACUAGGGGGAAGAAGAGAAGGGUGAAGCCAAGCUAUUUCCAUGGCACCUAUUUGAGACUGUUGAAACAAUCAUCAUCCUGGAUAUUCAGCCCAAAUAUCUAGAGGCGCUUUAUUUAAAAAAAUGCAAAGCUCCAUACAAGUGAGUAUUUCUAUCAAUUAAAAAAGCUGUGCAAGCCUUUGUAAUUAAAGGCAGAACAGAAAUGCUCCACUGAAGUCAAACAAAUGGAGUGACUAAAAAGUUCUGUUUGUUAUUGAAGGACAAAAAGACUUGUUACCAAAGGUGGCAACUGCUGCAGCAAAGGUUAAGGACAUCAUCAUCAUCAUCUCUUCUUCCAAGGCAGAACUACUAAAAGCCCCUGAACAGGAAGAUUUGAAUCAGUACUCAGAUCUGACUGCAAGGUGGUGGUAUCAGUCUUUUGAUUUCCUGUAGCUACAUCUUGCUUUUCAAGGGCCAUUCUGGCAUGGGCAGGUGAAGUGACUAAUCCGAGUCCAUCAAAAUGCAAGAGGUUAAAAACAGUUGUUUCAGAAGUCACAGCCUAGCUGAGUCCCUAUACUAGAAGGUUACCAGGCUGUAUUAACUGGAUCUAAAUUUUGGAUCCCACAUGCAUCUAAGCUGGCUGGGUCUGGGUAACAUCCAGUCACUGUUUCUGGUUCUUGGACUCUGAGGCCCACGUGGUGCAGGCUUCCUGUCUGAAACCCAUUCUUUGGAGGGGAGACUCCACCAUGUAACUGUGCCGAAACCCAAGACCAUUGCUGAGGCUUCCCAACUGUCCCAAGUCACUUAUGGAUCCUUCCCCUAAGUCUUGACCCUCCCCCCCCACCCCCACAUCCUCUGGUUUAUAGUUUAAUUCUUCAGGACAUGUGUCAACUAAGCAACACAGAGUUUGCACAGAAAUUCCUUCAACACAUGGAUAAUUACUCAUAGCUACCACAGGAGAGUUACAGAGCGAUGCAAAGCAACGAAUGCAUGAACACAGAAUCCCCACCCUCACCACUCUGGAGAGGCCUUGGGUUUUUGUCAGCAUACUUGGGGAAAGGCAGUGCUCCUCCACAGUAUCUUGUAUUUCUUGUGAUGGACUGGCUCACUUGCUUAGAGAACUUGUUCCUCUUAAAAACUGUCUGAGACAUUUUUUCUCCUCUUCCAUGAGGGCUGUUCCAUGCUCCAACUCUCUAUUAGCUGUUAGGCAGAGGGUAAUGAAAAGUCAAUUGCUCUCCUGAUAGAAACCCCAUUGCCUCCAAGGGUAGAAUUAUUCAAUUGUUGAAGGCUGUAAAAGGGUAGGUGGCCCCUUAAAUGAAACUGGGCUCGGUGCUCUUCUUCAGUCCAGGUGCACAUAGUUGGGCCAAUUAAGAUGGUAGUGCAGCAACCCAGGGGGUAUAAAAGGUCAGUUGGGUGUCAAAACAGCCUGACUGAGUCAGUUAGCAGAAGACAGCUGUUAGAGACAGAAGUGGGUCCUGGGAGAAGGCUGAAGGUAAAGAGAAUAGCGAAGGGGGUUGCUGGCUGGUGUCAUCCAGGCUAGGGCUGGAGAGCGUUGGAAGCGGAAGUAGCAGUGGGAGUUGCCUCCUGGCCAUAAGCUAGAGCUAGAGAGCGCAGGGGAGAAGCGGGGAAAUUUACUGCUGACAUCUCUAGUACUGGAGAGCUGGAUGCAUGGGAAUAGCAAAAGGGCCAAAGGGAAUAAAGGAAUGCUUCACUGGUAAAGAUCCUCUCCCAGCAUAGAAGUUUUUGGGGGGUUCCAACUAGGAAGAGCAGGGUUGUACUCUAGCUGGAAGGACUUGGGUGGCUUGCAAAGGGAUAGAAGAGGCUGGACAAGGAGCCUGCAUUUGAUGGAAGACACUGAAGUAUGGUGAGAAUGGAUCUCCUGGUAGAGGGACUGGGGGGGUUCCUGCUGGAAAGAGGAGGAGUUUAAGGACUGUGCACUGGGGGUUAUAUGGACUAUGUUUUAAGAAGGUUGUUAUGAACUACCUGCACUAUGUUUUGUUAACAAACUUAACUGACUAGAGGAUAAGCUUGUGUGGUGUUACUGGGAACUCAAAAGGGAAACCGAGGUGGUGGGGGGGCACUUGCAGGGUUGCCCUGUGGCUAUGAGGGUGCCCAGAAGGAGGCCAUGUGGUUUAUAAUGGCCCAGGUUCAGCUCCCCAGACACAAUCUCUUCUUGCUACAAAAUGAAAAUUCUAAUCCACACUGAAGACUACAAUCUUAAAUGCUAUUCAUAAAACAAAAAGGAAUUACUAUAAUACAUGGACAUAGACAUGUCCUCCAAUCUUAUGUGUAGUGGGGGAACUGUUCACUGUUGCGCUAUCUCCAAACUCUGAGAUUUCCAGUUUUAUUAGUGGCUUUGAACACUGGUAGACAAACCUUUUUGCUUUGUUGCUGGAAAACUGAUACAUGGGCACAAUGGCUCAUUGAUAACCUCAAAUAAUGUGAUGGUAAAAUAGGGAAAACUAUACAGCAGAAGUGGCAGAUAAUGUCCCUCUCUUUUACCAAGCAACAGAAAAAGAGCUACUCUUCAGAGCUACUAGUCUAGAUUUGUGAGAUGAGACUAUGUGGGGGGGAAGAUUUAGAAUGGGAGGAAAGUAAAGAGCAGACAGUACCACCAGAUGUUCUGCAAUUAAUAUAGUUUAACCUGAGAUCCUCUGUCUGGGGAAGUAGUGCCUCUAGAAGACAAGACAAAGAUUUGCACAAAUACAGGAGAUGGCCAGUGUACACUACAGUUGAAACUUUACUAACAAAUUUAAACAUGCUUUUUGCUAGCACAACUUAUCUGAUUGGAGGGCCAGAUUGGGGUUUUGCUCCUCCCUCAAAAAAUUGAUAUCGAUGACCUUAAAAAAAAAAAAAAGAGAGAGAGAACCUAGAAAAAUGCAGGAAAAUAAAUGCCACUACUUAUUUUCUUCUCAAUAGUUGCACAGAAACCAAUACAGUCAAAGAAUCCUCUACAAUAUACUUGAUAUUCUUUGUGGUCCUGAAACAGAAUGGGGAUUCAAGGCACUCAGUAGAUUUAGUCAGAAAUCAAGACCGAGAUCUUAAAUAACAUUUUGUAGCAGCUCUGUCCCUUCAGAACUUUUACUCUUUAAGAGAUCUAAAAACAAUUACAUUCCUGGAUAGUUAUCUGCUGGAGUGCUGCAAGUCCUGGCAUUUCUCUUGUCACAGAAAGUGCUUCUAGUAUAGGGCUUUUGGAUACUGAAGUUUCUGAAAGUUAAAAAAAUUCAAACAACUGAUUCUUGGAGGGCUGCUGUGUUUACCUGUUCCUGGAUAACCUUCAACUUUACUCUGCCCACUAUAUGUAUUUGUAUAUAGUAGGUGUUGUCGGUAGCUACCAGUGAGGUGCUCUGCUCUGGUUCGAUGAUAAGUCAGCUGCGUAUGUGUUCCCUCUGUGUGCUGCCCCAGCUCUCUGCAGAUAGCUGACACAGCAGACCCCGAGAGAACCCCCAAAGACCACAGACGCUAGUAAGAUACGAAGGCACCCGGCCAGGUUUAUUUAUAACGAAGCACAGUAAUAUUUUCCUAUAGACUCUACAGGACUUUAUACGAAUAUAUGCCCCCUGGGAAUGGACACAGCUCAGUCAGUGGCGGGACACUCCACUGCCCCCUAGGUUGGAACAAAGAUAUGUGCUCCCAGACCUACUUUUAUACAGUUGCAGGACAGAUUACUCAUCCCUACUGACAUAUUGAGGUACAGCCCCUUGCCUCAUUAGGGUGCUGUCUUCCCCCUUUGAUCAUGUUGGUUCAAACAAACAGAUCUGUCCAUCAUGCUGUCCUUUUGACCCUGUCUUUGGGAUACACCUGGCUGUUCCUUGUUGUAUCCGUGAAGUAUCCUCAUAUCGGGCUGUCCAGGUGCCAUCUUGGCACACAUUCCUCUUAUUACUACUUGUAUCAUUAGCACGUGCUUUCUAGGAGCCCUUUUCUUGCCAAGUUCUGCAAUUAGGGCCUGCCUCUGGCUCACAGUCCAGCUUUGCUUAGCAAUGCCUGGAAGUACUUUGGUUCAGGCUUUAGGCGUCAGACCAGAGCUCUGAUACAAGGGUUUAUGUUUCAGGGCCUCUUACUACAGUAGGGCUGUCCAGCAAUUAAGCAUGAUUUUUUUUAAACUAUGAUAAACAAUAAUAGUAUACUAUUUAUAAAAUAUUUUGGAUGUUUUCCACAUUUUCAAAUAUAUUGAUUUCAAUUACAACACAGAAUACAAACUGUACAGUGCUCACUUUAUAUUAUAAAUAUUUGCACUGUAAAAAAUAGAAUUUUUAGUUCACCUAAUAAAAGUACAGUAGUGCAAUCUCUUUAUCAUGAAAGUUAAAUUUACAAAUAUAGAAUAUUGUACAAAAAAAUAACUGCAUUCAAAAAUAAAACAAUGUAAAACUUUAGAGCCUACAAGUCCACUAGGUCCUACUUAAGCCAGUCGCUCAGACAAACAAGUUUGGUUACAAUUUACAGGAGAUAAUACUGCCUGCUUCUUGUUUACAAUGUCACCUGAAAGUGAGAACAGGUGUUCUCCUAGCACUGUUGUAGCUUGCGUUGCAACAUAUUUACGUGCCAGAUGCACUAAAGGUUCAUAUGUCCCUUCAUGCUUCAAGGGACCAUUCCAGAGGACGAGUCCAUGCUGAUGAUGGGUUCUGCUCGAUAAUGAUCCAAAGCAGUGCGGACUGACAAAUGUUCAUUAUCUGACUCAGAUGCUACCACCAGAAGGUUGAUUCUUCUUUUUUGGCGGUCCAAGUACUAUAAUUUCUGCAUCAGUGUGUUGCUUUUUUAAGACUUCUGAAAGCAUGCUUCACAUCCGGUCCUGAUCAGGCUUUGGAAGGCACUUCAGAUUCUUAAACCUUGGGUCAAGUGCUGUAGUUUUCUUUAGAAAUUUCACAUUGGUACCUUCUUUGUGUUUUGUCAAAUCUACAGUGAAAGUGUUCUUAAAAACAACAUGCUGGGUCAUCAUCCGAGACUGCUAUAGCAUGAAAUAUGUGGCAGAAUGUGGAUACAACAACACAGGAGUCAUACAAUUCUCCCCCAAGGAGUUCAGUCACUAAUUUAAUUAACACUUUUUUUUAAAAUGAGUGUCAUCAGCAUGGAAGCAUGUCAUCUGGAAUGGUGGCAAAAGCAUGAAGGGGCAUACAAAUGUUUGGCAUGUAAAUACCUUGAAAUGCCAGCUACAAAAGUGCCAUGCAAAUGUCUGUUCUCAGUUUCAGGUAACAUUGUAAAUAUAAAGCGAGCAGCAUUAUCUCUCGUAAAUGUAAACAAACCUGUUCCUCUUAGCAAUGGGCUGAACAAGAAGUAGGACUGAGUGGACUUGUGGGCUCUAAAGUUUUAAAUUGUUUUUUCAGUGCAGUUAUGUAACCAAAAAAAAAAUCCACAUUUGUAAGUUGCGCUUUCAUGAUAGAGAUUGCACUACAGUACUUGUAUGGGAUGAACUGAAAUACUGUUUCUUUUGUUCAUUUUUACAGUGCAAAUACUUUUAAUAAAAAUAUAAAGUGAGCACUGUACACUUCAUAUUCUGUAUUGUAAUUGAAACUAAUAUUUGAAAAUGUAGAAAAAUACCAAAAUAUUUAAUAAGUUUCAAUUGGUAUUCUAUUUAACAGUGUGAUUAAAACUGCGAUUAAUCACAAUUUUUUUAAUUGCAAUUUUUUAGUUAAUUGCAUGAGUAAACUGAUUAAUCAACAGUCCUAGUAUAUAGUAAUGUUUAGAGAUCCCAGUCAAGAGUGCAAACCCAUUGUUUAAAGCUCUGGGCAAAUGCAGAGGAAAAGACAGUCUCGGCUCCAAAGCGUUUACAAUCUAUGAAGAGAGGCCAAGAAAAUAAGCAGACAAAAAAGUAAUAAAGGAAAAACCUUCAGUAUGUAAGAGUACAAUAUGCAAGACUUCAUCUUCAAGUUUACUUUUUCUUACAUAACGUACAAUUCUAUAAACUGUUACUGGUUGUGGAAGUCUACAGACAUCAUGCAAGAUGUGCAGAGAAUGAAUUCUUGCCUUAUUCACUCUGCUUGCACAAUAUGUACUUUAAGGUUGUAGAAAAAUGUAUAGGGAUACACUGUAUUAAUUGGGAAGUAGUCUGAUCAUUUAACUACAGGCUGUAUUAAAGAGGCAAAACUGUGCAGCCUUAACUUAAGCUUCUCCUGAAUUUGGUUUUUUAGUGGUUCAAUCUUAACAUCCUUGUAACAGGAGAAAACUGAGUCCACACAGUGAAUAAAUCUAUUAUAAUUAGAUAUAUUUGAAGAGUUUAGAAAGCAGUGUUAAAGAAAUUAAAUUUCUAUGUAACUCUUCAUUAAAAUAUCAUACAGAUUAAAAGAAUAAAUUCCAAUGGUAAUCCAAGAGCACAAUACGUCUGAAAGGCAAAAUUAAUUGAAAAUAGUAGGCCCACAAUCUGAUUACUGGAGUAAAUUAAGAAGUUGUUUCUGUGGUCUGAAAUUGCUCUUUGCCCAGACCUCUCAGUACAAAUUCCACUCUUGGCAUGUGUAAACAUUAACUGUAAUAAAGCAGACAAAGCCUCUCUCUGCACUUUAUCUUCUACUAUUGUAGACUGUCAGUUCAAUGUUUAGAUACGAAUGGUUUCAGUAAGCAUUCAGUAAAAUAUGCAGUGGAUCACUAGACGGGUAAUAGAUUUGUUGGAAUAGGUCAAGAGGUGGGGACUAUGUGCUUUCUAAAGGUUAACUUACAUGCUAUACUAGGCAUGUUUCUGAUGCUAAAUGUAAUGUUAGAAUUUUUGCAAUCUUAAUGAAGUGAGGAGUCCUACCUA